CGUGUGUUAACACUGACCCCGGCUCAUCUUAACCUGUUUGAUCAGAAUGGUGGAGGCUUACGACAAAGGCCGGUUUAGCCGAUUCUAGAUCAGAUCUUGACAGCACGAUUUGCCCGGAGCCGCCGGUGUCAGGGACAGACGUCAAAUGCAACGUUGCAGUCGUCCUGCUCAGUUAUAUGGUGGGGAAAAUUAGGUAGACAAGCGGGGACGGCGAUUCUUCAUGUCGCUGCCACCGCCGCCGCCGCCGUGGGAGCUGUUAAUGACAAUAAGAGGUUUUGUCAGUUGUGGGGGGUGUCUGCAAUCCGAAACUGUUUGGCUUCGCUCUUUAAAUAGGGAAUGAACGACGAGAAAACACCGGGCCACUGCAAGAGAAACUCUGGGUGUUCCAGUAUUGAGCAAAUGCUGGCUGUGAACCCGGGGAAGACGCCCAUAAGUUUGCUGCAGGAGUAUGGAACGCGGAUAGGCAAGACCCCAGUGUACGACCUGCUGAAGGCGGAGGGUCAGGCCCACCAACCCAACUUCACUUUCCGCGUGUCCGUGGGCGAGAUAAGCUGCACCGGCCAAGGGCCCAGCAAAAAGGCCGCGAAGCACAAGGCAGCUGAGGCGGCCCUCAAGAUGCUGAAAGGAGGGCUCGGGGGAGCAGGAGGGGGAGGAGGUGGAGGAGCAGGUGAGGGAGCAGUGGCGGGGGUGGAGGUGCCCAUUGAAGGAGUGAGCCCCCAUUCAGAGAUGAAAGUGUCCAGUUCCACACAGCAGGCAGAAUGCAAUCCAGUGGGGGCUCUGCAGGAGCUGGUGGUGCAGAAAGGAUGGCGUUUGCCAGAGUACACCGUGACCCAGGAAUCCGGGCCGGCACAUCGGAAGGAGUUUACUAUGACCUGCCGAGUGGAGAGAUUCGUUGAGAUUGGUAGCGGCACAUCGAAAAAGCUCGCCAAGCGGAAUGCUGCCGCGAAGAUGCUGUCCCGCAUCCACGACGUGCCUGUGGACCUGCGCAGUAGCCAUGAGGCUGAGACCGAAGAUGACACCUUCAACAUGCAUUUGGGCGGCAGGCUCGAAGGAGGAAAGUGCAAAGGCUUCGGCUGCACGUGGGACUCUCUGCGGAACUCCGCCGGGGAGAAGAUUCUGCAGCUACGCAGCCACCCCCUGGGCCAGCCCAACUCCAACUUCUGCUCCCUGCUGCACGACCUGUCCGAGGAGCAGCGCUUCGACGUCAGCUACCUGGACAUAGAGGAGCGCAGUCUGAGUGGCCUUUGCCAGUGUCUGGUGGAGCUGUCCACCCAGCCCAUCACUGUGUGCCACGGCUUUGCACCCAGCCAGGACGCUGCCCGUGCCAGUGCUGCCCACAAUGCACUGCAGUAUCUCAAGAUCAUGGCCGGCGGGAAGUGAGCCUCCUCUGUCUUUCCUCGUCUUCCUUUGUCGCCUUCAAACAUGUUGAAAUAAGAUUUCAGCAGCCAGCCUUUGCCAUCAUUGGUGUAGGAGGAAGUGAUGUCAUGCAAACCUUUUUGACCCCAAUACUUCACCUACAGCUCCCUGAAAUGAGCACUAACUCGGUGUAGGAACACCCACCUCAGAUUUGUGAAUGACCCCUUGCCACACUGCCAUCGGAGAAUUCCUGAUGCCAUUACAGUAUUUGAACAGGAGGGGGCAGCACUGACAUCACGCGAUGAUGUGAUGAGGUGAUCACAUCACCUCCUGCAGCUGUACCCACGGUGAGGAGAGAGUGGGAUUUGAAUAGUUCACAUCAGGGACAUUGUAGGGAAGAGGGGUGGUUAUGAUUUUUCAGUGAAUGAAUUUUACCUCUCCCAUAAAGCCCUCUAUCCCUAAGCUUCUUGGAUUGUUUACUGGGAGCGUGGAUAACAGUCGAGGAUUUUACUUGCCACAAUGUAAUAUUUUUCCAGAUGGGAGCAAUCAGAAAAAAAUCCCUGUUUUUAAUGUAAUUUGUCAUUGUUGUUUUUUGACAUUUUAAAUCAAAACAAAAUGCAACUAAAAAUCCCCACUGAAAACAUUGGAUCCGUUUUUAUCCAAACUCAGUGGAUCCUUUGACAACUUUUAAAGCUUGUGGUUUCUAUCCUUCUUUGUAUAGGUCUUAGAGACCAUGUCCCUUGCCUGCAAGGGCUUUUAAAUUCUUAAGUAUGAUGCCUCAUUCAAGGUGACCUCCUACCUCAGCACAUAACAGUGUGCUUUGAGUGUGAAAGUGUGCUGCGUUUAACAUAAAAGCCAAUUAGCUCAAAAUUACUGGGAAAAUGUUAUUUCAUGUGCCCUCUAAGGAAAAGUAGUAGAUAUGCAGACAUAUUAAUUUAAUAAAUCAAUGAAUUUCUUAAUUCUGUAGGGUAAUGUUUUCAAAUCGAUAUUACCAGAAUGAAUUUAACUUUAUAGUAAUUUAUUAACAAACCCUCCCAAGACAUAGUUUUUGUACAAUUCCUUUCUUCUGUUUCUCAAUUUAAAAAUAAUCUUAUUCCACUAGAAGAGUGUACAUAGUGAUCAGAAGUUAUUCGGCAUGUCAAUAUCAGUGAGUGGGUGGACAGUGCUAUUGCCAGCCUCAGUGGGUAUGUGUUGUUUUUGCCUCAGUUGCAAAAUGUUGACACACUGCUAUGCAUUGAAAUGCAUGUUCUUUGCAACACACCUUUGUCCAAAUAUAAAAUUAAAUGAGGUACGUCCAGCAAUGUCCUAAAGAUUUGUAUAAGGCUUUUUUGUUCACGUUUCUUGUUCUUUUCUUUUUUUAAUAAUAAAAUGUCUCUUU